GUACUUCCGGCUGCCGGGUUGACAUGAAGAAGCAGCGGCGGCUGGGGCGGCGGUAGCGGCGAGAGUUGAGGCUUGCAGUGGAACUCAAAGCUAAGAUCGCGACGCGGCCUGAGGCGGCAGACGUCGCAGUGGGCCGAGGAGGAGACGCAACAGCCGCCCUGGCCCGUCAUGGAGAUGGAAAAGGAGUUCGAGCAGAUCGACAGGGCUGGUAGCUGGGCGGCCAUUUACCAGGAUAUCCGACACGAAGCCAGUGACUUUCCGUGUAAAGUGGCCAAACUUCCUAAAAACAAAAACCGAAACAGGUACAGAGAUGUCAGUCCCUUCGACCAUAGUCGGAUUAAACUACAUCAAGAAGAUAAUGACUAUAUCAAUGCUAGUUUGAUAAAGAUGGAAGAAGCCCAGAGGAGUUACAUUCUUACCCAGAAGUGUGAAAGUGUGGAGAAUGAUGUUAAAGCUGCCCUCCUUCACCUUCCCCCUGAAGUGGCAAAGGGCCCUUUGCCUAAUACGUGUGGUCACUUCUGGGAGAUGGUGUGGGAGCAGAAGAGCAGGGGCGUUGUCAUGCUCAACAGAGUGAUGGAGAAGGGAUCGUUAAAAUGUGCACAGUACUGGCCACAAAAGGAAGAAAAAGAAAUGAUCUUUGAAGACACAAACUUGAAGUUAACCUUGAUUUCUGAAGAUGUUAAGUCAUAUUACACAGUACGACAACUAGAAUUGGAAAACAUCGCAUCUCAAGAAACUCGAGAGAUUUUACAUUUCCACUAUACCACGUGGCCAGACUUUGGAGUCCCCGAAUCACCAGCCUCAUUCCUGAACUUUCUUUUCAAAGUCCGCGAGUCGGGGUCACUUAGCCUGGAGCACGGCCCCAUCGUGGUGCACUGCAGCGCAGGCAUCGGCCGGUCGGGGACCUUCUGCCUGGCUGACACCUGCCUCUUGCUGAUGGACAAAAGGAAAGACCCUUCUUCUGUUGAUAUUAAGAAAGUUCUCUUAGAAAUGAGGAAAUUUCGAAUGGGGCUGAUCCAGACAGCAGACCAGCUCCGCUUCUCCUACCUAGCUGUGAUCGAAGGUGCCAAAUUCAUCAUGGGAGACUCUUCGGUUCAGGAGCAAUGGAAGGAGCUCUCCCAUGAGGACCUGGAGCCCCCACCUGAGCACGUCCCCCCACCACCCCGGCCACCCAAGCGAAUCCUGGAGCCACACAAUGGGAAAUGCAAGGAUUUCUUCCCAAACCACCAGUGGGUGAAGGAUGAGACAGAGGACGGUCAAGGAGAAGGUGCCAUGGAGGCAGAAACCAGAACUCCUUUAAAUGCCUCCCACGGCGUGGAAAGCUCAAGUCAAGACACUGAAGUGAGAAGGCGGAUCAUGGAAAGUCAGCGUGGCAUCCCAGUCUCUGUCCCCACCAAGGGGGAGCCCUCGCCGCCCAAAGAGGAGGAGGAGCAGGUGCUGACUCACUGGAAGCCCUUUCUGGUCAACAUGUGCAUGGUCACGGUCCUCACGGCCGGAGCGUACCUCUGCUACAGGGUAUGUUUUCACUGAUGGACGUGCUGGCCAGACAGCGUGUACAGAAGGCACCGGUGAUUGACCGGUGUGCAGGACUCAGUUCUGUGGAAGGAUCUGAGCCAGGUCUCAGAAGAAACAGAUCAAAGGUUUUUAAGUCUGGAACUGCGGAAGGGCUGAAGGAGAUCAUUGAGGAUUGAUGCACUAGGGUUGUGAUGAGCCCUGUGGUCCCCAGAAUAUACGUGUCUAAUCUCAGGGCCUUACCUAUUCAGGAGUAAGUAGAGAAAAUGCCAAAUACGUCUCUCUCUCUCUCUUUUUUUUUUGUUCAUUUGUUUUUGAAAAAAAAAAAAAAAUAGAAA